GUCGGGUUGCAGGGGAUUCCCAGGCUCCGGCCAAGGCGGGUAAGGAUUGGUCUGCUGCCGAACUGCGCUAGUCCCACACAGGAAAGGACGAAUCAACCAGCGCCAAAAGGGCCUCGAGCGAGGGAAAGUGCUCACCACCGCAUCUGCGUCUCUCUCGAUUUCUUCGCCGCCGACCUCGACUUCAUCACUCUCCUUUCUCCAUUUCGCUUUGCCAACUUCUCUGGCUUCCCCAGCAAGUCGCUCCCUCUUGCUCAAUUGUUGCUUGCUUGCACGCAGCUUUGACCUGCCAGCGGCCCGACCCUCCACCCAAAAGAAACCCGUUCGUCCUCAACCCUUGUCGGCGAGUCUUAUCCGGCGUCGAAUACACCCCGUACGGCAUUCACAGCUUGCCGCACGCACACUUGCUGCACGUCCUGCUCGACGCCAUAGACCUCUGCCAGGCUCCUCUCUCGCACAUACACAACACGUGUCGCCCGUGUACAUGCAUCUACUCGAAACCAACCUGGCCAACACGGUGCGCCUUCUUCCCUCCCAGCACCAGCUUCACCACUGGUCUUCCUCUCGUUCAUCAACGCCUUCGUCCGACAUCUUGGACGGCGUUGCGUCCUCGUUCACUCGCAAAAUGGAAUUAGGGAACAUCCUCAAUACUAAGAUGCCUUCAAAAGCUUUAGCAGGUACCUCGCUCACCUACGACAUGAAUCACGCCAUGCAGCACCAGGCUCAUCCCCAAGCCGCUUAUCCUCCCCCUUAUCUCAACGGCGCCAUCAAGUCUGAAACCAACUCAGAACGAGGCGUAUCGCCGCAUCCGUCCGACAACCGCUUUCCGGCUCAACCGCAAGCCAUGGCGUACCAACCUAUGCCAAACGGCUACGAUCAGAUGCGCUAUCCAUCGCCCUCGGCCGGCCAGAUGGGCGUGCAGAGCCAGCUGCUUGCUUACAAUGCUAACGCGCAGAACGAUCCCUAUGGCCAGCAGACGGGCACGCCGGCGUCGACCAGCGGGCGACAGUCUGGUGAGGGAGGCCCACCGAAGCAGUUUGCGUGUUCAACAUGCGGAAAAGGCUUCGCGCGACGAAGCGACCUUGCUCGUCAUGAGCGGAUCCACAGCGGUAUUCGACCACACGUAUGCGACUACCCGGGCUGCGGUAAGCAGUUCAUUCAGCGUUCAGCUUUGACUGUGCACAUGCGCGUUCACACCGGUGAGAAGCCACAUAUGUGUGAACGAUGCGGCAAGCCCUUCAGCGACUCCAGUUCGUUAGCUCGUCACCGACGAAUCCACUCCGGUAAGCGGCCGUACAAGUGCCCGUAUGCCGACUGUCAGAAGACGUUUACGCGUCGCACCACCCUAACCCGUCAUCAAAAUCACCACACCGGAACGGUGGAGGAAGCGGCCGCAGCCACUGCAGCAGCCCUAGCCAGCCGCAUGCGCGGAAACAACAUGUACGACCCUUCGCAACCACGCGCGUCUGGAUCAGAACGUGACGAAUUUUCGGAGACAAAUUCACCACUGGCAACUGCCUCGCCUCAUGACCGCCAACUUUCCAUGUCUCCUGCGGCACAACUUGGCUCGGUGGCUCCCUUGCACCGCACAGGAUCUGACAUGGGCUACGGAAUGCCUAUUCCAGGCCAUCUUCGUACCGAGCUUCAGCAUAGUCCACGUUCCUCGCCGUCUCUAACGUCUCAGCCGUACAUGGGCGCAGUCCAGCAGCAGCCUGGACGCGUGACCUCGCAUCCUAAUGGCUAUGCCAACGGUCCUCCACAGGUUCUCGAGCCGACCCCACAGAGUCACUCUGGUCAAUCGACAAGUGCCAACGGCAGCCCGCACAUGAGCGCGAUGGGUUGGCAGUCACCUAGCCACACUGGCAUGGGUUCGCCGAAUCCUGGCGAGCAAUACGCAUAUCCGGACCCGUCUGCUCAGUACGGUGCCCACCAGCAGAGCAUGUACUAUCAAAAUGCCGGCAUGCAACGGCCGCAGAGCACUGAGCCAGGUGACUAUUCGCGAGCUCAAGGCCAGAUAUGGGCUCAGCAAACUGUUCAGUAAACGCCCGUUAAAGUCUUCCUACUCUUUACCCCUCCCGCCCACUCCAUACAUACAACGCACACCCAAACUUCAUUUCUUCUUUUCCUUUUGUAUCACUGUACCUGUAGCUGUAAUCUCUGGACUUGGGCACAAGGCGUUAUGUUGGGUCAAGACGCGACAGGGAGUCUAUACCCUCUUCCCUUUUUUUUCACUCUCGGUACGAAAACGGUAGCGGUGCGGAGGGCGCAUACCGCGACAGCGACAUGUCAUCUGCUUUGUCUUUUUCAUGUUCUCCUGUGUCCUCUUGGCGCUGCAUCAUCCGUUCACCUGAUCUUUGCUUUGGUUUUUGCUUUUACCACAGCACGAGUAUUUUCUUAUUUUUUUUAUCUUGUUUUCGUUCGGUGCGUCUGAUCAGCAGAUGGUGGCCUCUCCUGUGUGCAUUUGGCUUUUGGCAGCGGUUCGAUUUACUUCUCGGCGAGCAUAAAAAAAAGCGGGCGAUGGCUAACACACUGACGUUACGACUCUACACACUCAACACCCUCACACACUCUCACACACAUAUAUAUAUACAUACAUACACGCGCACACGCACAGACGCAGAUAAAACGCCAAAUCCUUUGACACAGCAAUGCUACGCUACAUACUAGUCACUAAUUGAAAGCGGGUCGUCGGGGCUGGGGUUGGUUGGGGCUGGGGUCGCGAUGAAUGGAGGAUUAUUAAAGAAGAAAACAGAAAAAAUAAAGGCACAGGAGAGUGGGCUCCUGUUGGACGUGCAAAAGGGCGACUUUCUCUGAUCCAGACAGGCAACGGUUUCUUUGUCCGCGGUACUUAUAGAGUGUGAAAAUGAGGCGUACCGGGGGCAUGAAGUGCUUUUCUUAUAGUAUAAUACAAGCUCUCUGAACAUGAAGCUCGUCACAAAGUAAG